CUUCUUCUUCUUCUUAUUAUUAUUAUCAUCAUCAUCAUCAUCAUUAUUUCAUUAGACUAAUUCCAUUCCCAGUUUUACUCUCAGAUCAGUUUUGCUCUGUUGUUCAUGCAUGUUGGCACUACACAUCUAGUGGAGCAUGUUUAACCGUUUAGCAUUUAAACUGGCCAUAUCAGGCCCAAAUAUUCAACAUGAUUUAUAUUCAAGCUGGCCUGAUCCAGCCUCUCACACCAACCCUACAAUGUCAUUCUAAACAUAAACAGUCAUGGCAUCGAAAUAUUAAGGCUAUAAUGCAUGAUUAAUUCAAAAUGAUGUGAAUAAACAAGCACUGUAUUUUAACAGUAAUCUGAAUACUAAAGAGUUAACUUAUGUCUUAAGUUUUCAGACAUUCUUCCAGCAUUCAGAGCUUAUGUCUUCGUGCCAUGUAACAUCAUACUUUGUGCAUUGGCAUCCCAAAAUCUCUCUUCAGCUGAAGAGAACAGUCGUCUAUAUAUACUUUGUCUUCGUAAAACUAGAACUAUGACAACCUGGCUACAGCUUCAGAUGCUUUAACCUUCGAUGUGUUAUGUCUAAUAUACCAAGUGCUACUUGCUUUAGUUUGCUUAAUGAAACAGAUUUAAAAAAAACCUAAGAUUCCAUUCUUUCUAUACAGUUGAGUGGUUUAAUAGUAAAAUGGUCAGCCAACUGUGAAAAGCAUUUAAUCAAAUAAAUUAUUCCAGUCAUGCAAGCAUAGAAAAAUAGAUGUAAGACAGAAAUAUAUUCAGGGUUUCCAAAAAUAGUAUAACAUACUUUAACAGUGUGCACGCGCACGUGCGUGCGUGUGUGUGUCCUAGUGGUUAGAGUUCAAACCCUGGACUAGGUAGUGCAUUGUGUCCUUCAUUUCACAUUGCUCCAGUCCACUCACCUGUAAGCGAAUACCACCCUCCUGCUGGCAUAGUUUUCUCUCCCUUCAACUGUCACAGUUACUCUGUUCUGCUAGGUCCAGGAUGGGAGAACUGAAGGGUGAGGGAUGGGUUUGGUUGUAACUACAUAUAGGUAUCUAAAACAAUUAAUGGAAGCAUGGCACAAGCUAUCUGGUCAUCAUACUUACUUGCAAGUGAUGACUAAGUUCCUCUUUUUCCACACAUGCUCACACACACAUACUCUCAUACACACAAACACAUGCACACACCACCCCCUUGCCCUUCAGGCUGCAUCAAGCAACCCUCAUUCCACUACCCAAUGUACACUAACUUUUCCCUGUUAUAUUUCCAAUCAACACUCUCCUCUCUCUCUCUCUCUCCCCUAUUCCUCUCCUCAGUCACCUGAACAAACGUACAUACUCUGGGUUAUUGAGUACACUCUGCACAUCUGUACAUACACUCUUAUCCUCUCCUAACAACCCAUGACAGAUUUUUCUGCUGUCAUUGCUCCCCUCCCUAUUCCCCUCACUCUCAGUUUAUAAGCUUUAGGUCACUCAGUACUUUCUACAUAUAUUGUGUACAAAGCACUCCUCUACCUGUGCUGGUUCCAUGAUGUCCUGUUUCCUGCUACACCUCACCCCCGCCUACAGGUGAGCAAGACUACAUCUCUAAUGCUGACACCACUAAAAGAAAAAAAUAAUCAACAAGGCUGUGUGGUAAGUUUGCUUCCCACCCACAUGGUUCCAGGUUCAGUCCCACUGCAUGGCACCUAGGGCAAGUAUCUUUUAUUAUAACCUCAAGCCAACCAAAGCCUUGGGAAUGGAUUUGGUAGAUGGAAACUGAAAGAAGCCCAUUGUAUAUAUCUGAACCACAGCGUUCGGUUUGUUAAUUGGAAAGAUGGUACCCACAUUCAACAUGUGGAGAGUAGGUGGGCCUCUGUGAAGCAAGGUAAUAAACGAUGCUGUGACACUCACCAUUCUAUAGUAAAUUCAUAUCUCUGAAUUUGUGGUGCAGGAGAUAUGAAAAUUGUGAGUUGUUUGAGAAAUUGAUUGAAUGUAUUUCUAACUUUAGUUUUUAAUUUUUAAAAUAUUUUGUAAUGUGUUGCCUAUCACAUGCUUAAAUGUUUGCUUUUUAAACAUAUUCUGUUCACUCUUUUAUUUUCAUACAUAACAUAUAAACAUGUACAUCUUAUAGAACAUUGUCAUUUUAUAAGAUUUUGCUGGCAAAUUUUUAAAUUAACAUAAGCAUUUAUUUACAUGAAAGAAAAUUACUGGAGAACUUUCAUCUAAUUCUUCCAAAUCUUUCUGGUAAAACUGUAUUGUGGUAAAACCAUUUGUGGGGAAAAAUUGUAAUGUGUUUAUCGCAUGUAACAUGUUCUUGAUCGCAUUUGCAUUAAAUGCAUAUUGAAAGCUUAAAACUACUUAUUUCUUUUAGUCAUUGAGGUGGUUGUGAGGUGUGUUAAAAAUAACAGACAAAUAACGUUUUUUGGAUAAAUCUUUUAAGUUCAUGCUAUCACAUUAAAUGCUUAUUGAGUGCUUCAAACUGCAAAACACGUGUUGUUUUACAAAUAUUGUCAACACCUGCUAUUUUCAAGAUGUUGAUGACAAAAUGUGCAGUCACAAACAAAAUGACAGCUUCCAAAUCCUGUUUCUUGACUGAGUGAAAAUGAUCAAAAUUUAAACCUCUAUAACUUUUUAAAACCAAUUUUCUGGUAAAAGUGAAACAACUCAGCAAUUCAGCUCAGAAAAGUAUACUAUUGUGCCAAAUUUUAAAAUUUUCGAUAAACAUAGAUUUUUGAAAUGCUGGCAGCCAAACCAACUAGAUCCUAUGCAUGUGCGUGUGUGUGUAUGUGCGUGUGUGUAUAUAUAUAUAUAUAUAUAUGUGUGUGUGGUGAAUCUUGCAGGCAUGAAGUGGAUUCGAUCCACUAUACCCAAAUUUAAAUUAACACUGCGUCAGAACUUUUCCCACGGUGGAACAAUGGUUGUGAUCUGACAGCAGUUUAAUAUUUUCCAGAUGCCUUUAGCUAGGCCCGAAACAAUGUCUUCACCACUUGACCCUUUCUAACCUCUUCUACUCCAUCAAAAUCUAGAAUAGAGAUAACAAGACCACCAGCUAAAUCCAUUGUUCUCAGUAAUAUAUCUAUCGUUCUAGAUAGCUAUAAAAACAGGAGACCCCCCCAAGCCAAACGGUCAGUAGUCACUUGGGGACACAGUGCGAAGUAACUAGUGACAACUCAAUUAGUUAGGGAAUGGACAUCUACAGAUAUUGUCACAAGCAGUCAGCCACUAAAAGACAAACGACCAGAGGGAGAAAGAAGUUUACAACCAGCCAACUAUGAGACACAACUUCCCUCGACUCUAUAACUAUCACUAGCUUGCAUCCUUUUCUCGGUAACAUUACCCUAUCUUUUUAUCUGUUUACUACUACAAGAAUGUGUACACACCUAUAAAGGCCGAAAUUAACUUUCUUUACCUUGCAUGUUUUAAGAACUGCAUUAUACGAUUACACUAACCUACCCAUUGUGGUAUGGCAUCUUAUUAGAGUAACGGUAAAUAAAUAUUUCUAUAAAAAUUUCGAUCACUCUUCAUCGUUCAUCUUAUAACCUGAUACAAUUGGUAAAUAAUACUUAUCGUUACAAUUGGUAAUCUCUGACUUUAACAUUUCGAUACCGUUACAAUUGGUGACCAAUCGACUACACAACACAAAAACAUUAACCGUUACAUAUAUAUAUAUCUAUGUGUUUAUAUCUGCUUGACAACUGGUGUUGAUGUGUUUGUGUCCCCAUAACUUAGCAGUUCAGCAAAAGAGUCAGAUAGAAUAAGUACUGGGGUCAGUUCAUUCAACUAAAAAUUUAAGGCGGUCCCCCAGCAUGUCACAUGACUAAUGACUAAAAAGUAAAAGAUAAAAGACAGAUCUCUAGUCUGGGAUGUAAUGUGUAGGGACACAUUCUCCCUCUCCAACCUUGUAGCAUUGGCUGCAAACCCAGGUGUUGCUGCCUGUAACAUGGAAGAGAAAAAAAUCAUUAAAUACAGGAGCCUAGCUGGCCAGUAUCACUUUGUGUUGUUCAUCAUCAAGCCGUCACAUGUUCUGGGACUCUGUACUACUGAUUUCCUCUGCAAAAUAGGGAUAACAGCAACCCGUCUGAGAAACAAGUCCUGCAAGGUGGAGUGGCUGUUGCAGCAAGUGUUGCUAACCAUUCUCCAUGGCAACAUCAUUGUGGUCAUUACCACAGGGCACAGCUGUGCACACCAUUUGUUCCAGUUAUUGUUCCAGUGUGGUUAUUUCCCCUUCCCCACCAUCUUCUGACACUUCCCCAACCCUGUUUUUUUUUCUCCUUAUUUUAUCUUGCUUCUUUCCUGUUUCUUUGUAUUUAAAUGUUCUAAUAAAAUUUUUUUAAAUGCAUUUAAGUGGUUUGCAAAUGAGCUGAGAAUAUGGAAGAUUAUGACAUUACUUUAAACCUGUUCAUCAAAGACUGUUCAAUAUCUCUACUGUUGAUACUAUGAGAAAAUGCACUCAGUACACUUUGUAAAGAAGUUGGCAAUAUGAAAGGCACCCAACUGUAGAAACCAAACCAAAUGUCAUGUACAAGCACUAGUCGAUCGGAGAAGCAGCUCCCAAUAGGAGAUGACCUAGAACAUUAUGACCUAUCCAACCCAUGCCAGCAUGGAAAACAGAUGUAGAAUGAUAAUGAUUAGGAUGAUGAGGAUAUAUAUGAGGCUGGGCUGAAAAAUUCAUAGGUUAGCUAUGAAGGAGUUAUGCUACAGCUGUGAAAUCUUGCAUGCAUUAAUUUCAACUCUUCUUAUUACCUCUGCCUUAGCGAAGGUGGAUGUAUUGCUUUCAGUCGUGUUUGCUUGUUUGUCCGUGGACAAGAUAUCUCAAGAACCGCUGGAUGGAUUCGGAUGAGACUUUCAGGGAUGUUUGGCCUCAUGACUGGCAUGAACUGAUUAGAUUUUAGGAUUGAUCCAUUACUGGACAAAGAUGCUAGAUUAUUUUUCCGUUUUUUUUUAACUUAAUUUUUGAGAGCAGUUGGGUUCAUUUUUAGUAUUCUCGUUUGUGAGAGCAGUCGAGUUUAUUUCAGAUAUUCUCAUUUUAAUAAUCAUCUCUGGCUAAUCAUUGAAAGGACAUUGGUGUUGCCUUGGCAGAGGUUUACACUCUCUGAGUGCUCUUGUUAAUAGCUGCAUUGUUUCUUUCCAGGUAAACCGACAUCUCACAGUUCAAUGACAACCUCAAAAGUAACUAGUAGCAACUUCUCUUGAAAAUGGACAAAAUUUGGCAUCAUGAUCUUAUCAAGUACUUGCAGGAAAAGAGUUUACCCUCGAAGGACAAUAAUGCUGACAUGGUUGCUACAUUAGGGGAUGACAUUCCAGCUUUAUCAACAGUGGAAUUGGAAUAUCCUUGUAUCUCUUCUACGCAUUGGAGCCAUGUAAAAACUACCCAGUUCACUCUGUAAAGUGGUUGGCUUCAGGAAACCAUGACAAAGCAGACACUGAAACUUGGCACAGUCUGUUGGCCCGUCAGUUCCUGUCAAACAGUCCAGCCUAUGCCAGCCUGGAAAAUAGAUUUUAAACAAGAAUUACGGCGAUGGCGACGGUGGCACGGCGACGACGACGACGACCUACAACUACUAUUACAACUGUUGCUGCUGCCACUACUACUACUACUACUGCCGCACUACUACUACUUCUACUACUGCUGCUGCUGCUGCUAUUACUACUACUACUGCUGCUGCUGCUGCUGCUAUUACUACUACUACUACUGCCGCACUACUACUACUACUAAUACUGCCGCACUACUACUACUACUAAUACUGCCGCACUACUACUACUACUACUACUACUGCUGCUGCUGCUAUUACUACUACUACUGCUGCUGCUAUUACUACUACUACUACUGCCGCACUACUACUACUACUAAUACUGCCGCACUACUACUACUACUACUAAUACUGCCGCACUACUACUACUACUACUACUACUACUGCUGCUGCUAUUACUACUACUGCUGCUGCACUACUACUACUACUACUACUACUGCUGCUGCUGCUGCUAUUACUACUACUACUGCUGCUGCUGCUGCACUACUACUACUACCUCUACUACUGCUGCUGUUGCUAUUACUGCUGGUGCUACUACUACUGUUACUACUACUACUGGUGCUACUACUACUGCUGGUGCCAGUGCUGCUGCUACUAAUACUACUACUACUGCUGCUGGUGCUAUUACUGCUGGUACUACUACUACUACUACUACUACUACUACUACUACUACUACUACUACUACUACUGCUGUUGCUAUUACUGCUGGUACUACUACUACUACUACUGCUGUUGCUAUUACUGCUGGUACUACUACUACUACUACUACUGCUGCUGCUGUUGCUACCAUCACCAGUCACCUUUCUCUAGUUAAAUUGGUAAAAUACUUUCUUUAAAAAUUUCUUAAGGGACAAAUGGGUGCAUUUAUUUUGUUUAACGAUUAGUCAUAAUAGCAGUCGUAGCAGCAACAGCAGUAGCUGCAGUAGAAGCAGAAGCUGCAACAGCAGCAGUAGCAGUGGUAGUAGUGGUGGUGAUGGAUUUGCGAACUACCAACUAUCACCAACACCAUCACCACCAUUACUACUACUACUACAAGAUGGCAAAUUUGUAGAAUUUUUAGGGCGUCAAAUAAAAUGCCUCUGCAAUGUU